AUGCGGCGCGCUGCAGCACUAAGGACGCUGCCGCUGCUCGCGCUGCUGCGAACUCAUCACCCGAUUGCUGGCUGCCGCGCCAACACUGCCGCGACGUUGCCCUCGCCGUCGCUGGCUGGCUGUCCGGCUCUCGCGCCGUUCGUGCUCAACGCGCCUGCAUUCCGUGUCGUCUGGCCGCCGCUCGGAAUCAGACGCCUGCGUCUUCGCGGCGUGUGCGUCUCGCUCAACCCUGCGCUCACUGAUGCGCCGGGAAUCCGCGAGCCAGGUCGAUCUGCCUUCAGAAACCCGGUUCAGCUGUGUAGUUGCAUGGGCGCCUUCCACAGGCUUGCUCGCCAAAGCAACGACGUCGGCAUGAGGCCGGACCGGGGUCCUGGCCUGCGACUCUCCCAGCUGCUUCGAGGCCUCCCUUAA